GUUUUCUUGCUUAGAUGGCGAUAUUAACAGAAAUCUCCCGUCAAGAAAAAUCCUGAUGGUUAAGCGUUGUCCUUUUGACGUUUACAGAAAUGAUCUACAAUAAAAUGACGUUUAUAACUAGGUCUUCCCACUUUGGGUAGUGUUUGGUAGUGAAAUUGGGGCGUUCAAUCCGAACACAUUCACCUUGUUAGUACAUAAUGCAUCAACAAACGGAACAUGUGCGGAAAUGGAGACUUUAUGUAUUUGUCGCCAUUUGUGGAUUGAUGUCAACCCCUGCCAUAGCAAUUACACCCGAAGUCGAAGAACUUAUUCGAUCCUGGUCCCCUUUGGUUUGGCUACACAGCGAAGAAAAAUUUCUACCGAGUUCAGUCGAAUUUUUUUUACCGGAAGUCACCGUCCAAGAUAACCAAAGUGUAAUUAUCCAGGACUAUGUAACCCCCGAAAAAAUUAUAGGCGGUGAAGCGAGUUUAACGUUACACAUGCAAACGCGAGAACCUUUAGAUUGCCCCUCUUGUUACAACCUGGGCAUGUUUUUCGGUCAGGCGAUUGAGAAUGGUGGAGUACCAACCUACACAAUAUACCGUGAAUACGACGAUGUAUUUAAAACGCUUGACGUUUCUUAUUUUGCCUUUUACCCGUAUAAUCGUGGGAAGGAUGCAUGUGUCGGCGUUCCAAUUAAUGGGAGCUGUGCUGGAGCAGAAAAAAAUCUUGGAAAUCAUGUAGGAGACUGGGAACACAAUGCUUUGCGUUUUAGAAAUGGACAGCCAUAUAUGAUUCACCUUAACGUUCACAGCUUUGGCGCUUAUUAUGAAUGGAAUGAGACUACAAAAAAAUUUCAUUUCUUUGUUGGAGAAGAAGUUUGGUCUGCGGUACGAGAUGCUGCUUAAACCCAUAAUAGUUUU